AUGAAUGGAAGAUUUUGGUGGUUAAGUCUUUUAUCUAGGAAAACUAUCCUGCAUAAUCUGAAAUCACCGAACGAAAUUACUGUUCGUUUUGCUACCACACAUUUUGGUUUUCAAGAAGUUGAUGAAAAGGAGAAAAGUAAGAAAGUACAUGCUGUAUUCGCGAGCGUUGCCGACAAGUAUGAUUUGAUGAAUGAUGCGAUGUCGCUGGGCAUUCAUCGGCUAUGGAAGGAUCAUUUUGUUGCAUAUCUAGGACUUACGGCAAAUACCGCUAUGAUAGACGUUGCAGGAGGCACUGGUGAUAUUGCUUUUCGUGCUGUACGGGAUAUACAAUCCAAAAAAGGCAAAGGUUCAGUGACUGUUUGUGACAUCAAUGAAAACAUGCUCAAAGUUGGUCAACAACGUGCAAUAGAUGAUCCAUCAGUUUUGAAAGCUCGAUUAAAAUGGGUACGCGGGGAUGCGGAAGCAUUGCCAUUUGAUGAAAAUUCAUUCGAUGUCUAUACGAUAGCUUUUGGGAUAAGGAACUGCACGAACAUUGAUAAGGUACUCAGGGAAGCAUAUCGUGUUCUUCGACCUGGAGGCAAAUUUGCUUGUCUGGAAUUCAGCCAUAUAAAUCCGUUGUUAAAGCAGUUCUACGAUUUUUACAGCUUCCAAAUUAUUCCUAUUAUGGGACAAAUUAUUGCUGGUGACUUUCACAGUUAUCGCUAUUUAGUAGAAAGCAUACGAAGAUUUCCGGAUCAGGAUGAAUAUAAGCGGAUGAUUGAGGAGGUUGGUUUCAAGAAUGCGAAUUAUAGAAAUCUUUCAUGCGGUAUUUGUGCCAUCCAUACCGGCGUGAAGCGUGCUAGCGAUCAGUAA